ACGCAAGCCACCCUGCUCCACCACCUGUAUGCCAAUACAAAUGUACCCGAUCAAAAAACCAAAGAUUAUUGCAAUGAUGAUGAUACCCCCUUAUUGGAUCGUGUGGCUAAUGAUAAAGAUUGUGAUUCCUAUUUCCUGUGUGUGGGUAAAAGUGUUGAUCCUCUGGCACAAAAAUGUCCACCAAAUCAACAUUUUUCCGAAAAACACAAAACUUGUAUGAGCUAUCAUGAAGCCAAUUGUGCUGCCAGUUCGAAAUGGUGUAAAAAAUCGUCGCGAUAAUACACGAUUUCCCAAGGACAACUGCUACGAAUACUAUGAAUGUCAAUCGGAGAUUACGCUGACAAAAAACUUGCGCCUACGGUAAGCAUUUCGAUAAAGACUUAGAUCAAUGUGUAAGUGGUAUUUGUCAAGAUGAUAAGAGAGUUCCGGAUUGUAAAAAUGAAAAGGAUGGUUUCCGUAUGCCUCAUUCCAAAUGUUAUAAAUAUUUUGGUGCUUGAACCAAUCUCUGUUCGAGGUUCAAUGUGCCAACGGUUACUAUUUGAAAGCGAUCGCGGUGUGUGUAGAAAGAUACUUAUAAUGUCUGUAGAUGAUGAUUAAAUAAAGAAAUUUGCUGUAAUUUCUUAA